AUGACACCAGGUGCGGAACAUUAUAUGGUAGUAGAUAAUACUAGUACUAUAAUGGAUGCCUUACCGAGUCAUCCCGUAAAAUUCAAAGCAAAUUUCUAUAUCGGAAGCACACCACCCGAUGUUCUGCUCUCUCCAGGACUUAAGGACGCUCCUGGCUUCCGAGGAUGUAUUUCUUCACUUCGACUUGGCACUGAUUAUGUGGACCUUCCAAGAGAUGCUUCAAAAAGUUAUGGCGUGGUAAAAGGAUGUCAUGGUCCACGUAUUCGUUGCACACCAAAAUACUGCUCAAAUCGUGGUAAAUGCAUUCAACAUUGGGAAUCAAUUCGAUGUGAUUGCUCAAUGACAACUUUUGGAGGCGAAAAAUGCGAAAGUCCUGCCACAACAUAUAUAUUCGAUUCUGCCUCAUCAGCAAUUUACUACGAAUAUCCGAGGUCCAUCAGACCAUCCACAAAUCAGGACUAUCUGGCAGUUGGAUUCCGUACUCGACAAGCAAGCGCCGUUCUGUUUAGUGUUCACUGCAAAGUUGACGGAGAUUUCUUUACUGUCUUCUUGAAAGAUGGUUAUUUGCAUAUUCGUUACAAUCUCGGAUCACGUGAUCAUCACGUAAGUUUCUUGGAUGCAACGCUUAAUGAUGACGUCCAUCAUGCAGUAAUUACUUAUCGGCAAGAAGCUAAUCUGACAUUAUACAUUGAUGAUCGCAAGCCAAUAUAUUACUUUCCUUCGGGAACAGAAAUGGACUUGGUUACUUUAAACAUGCAAUGGCGAUUGACCAUUGGGGCCUCAUUUAAUUUACUUCACCGAACAAAACGACGAAAACGUGAACGAAUUUUUGAUAGUUACAAUGGUUUCAUUUCAGGAGUUAACUUCAAUGGAUUGAUGAUACUGGACAUGCUAGCUGAAGGUUGCUUUCUAGUUAUUUAA